UCGCAAUAUCGCUGCGUAGAUUUAAAGGAGGAAACACGGGGACACCCAUAAGUGCUAUUUUUAAGCCUCUUCUUUGAAAUUUCCCUAAUAUUGCACCAUUAUAUUGCACAAAAAUUGAAUAGCUAGACAAAAAUGGAUCUCAGAAAAAUUUUAGAGGGAACUGUAUCGCCAGACCAAAAUGAACUACAACAAGCAUCACGAGUUUUAGAAGAAGCAGCUACACAAAACUUUCCACAUUUUUUGGUUGCAUUAUCAGAGCUUGUUGCAAAUGUUAAUGAAAAUCCUAUUAUCCGCCAAGCUGCUGGCAUUCAAUUAAAAAAUUGUUUAGUAGCAAAAGAUACAUCAUUAAGACAAGUUUACCAACAGAGAUGGUUUGCUCUAGAAGAAAAUAUCAGAUUAACUGUUAAAAACAAGGUUUUCUCAGCCUUGGGAACAGAAACAUCAAAACCAUCAUCAGCUGCUUCUUGCAUAGCUGGUAUAGCUGGAGCUGAGUUGCCUUAUAAUCUAUGGCCUGAUCUAAUGAAAAAUCUUUGUGAUAAUACAGAAGUCACUGAACCUAACUCAGAUGCUUUAAAAGAAGCUACUUUAGAAGCAAUUGGAUAUAUUUGCCAGGAUAUUGAUGCACAGUUUUUAACAAGUUAUGCUCCACAUAUUCUUAAGUCAAUUGUCAAUAGGAUGGGAAAUGAAGAAUUAAAUACAAACAUUCGCUUUGCUGCAACAACUGCAUUUCUCAAUUCUUUGGAGUUCAUUAGAGGAAACUUUGAGAAAGAGGCUGACAGAAACUAUAUUAUGACUAUUGUGUGCCAAGCUACCUUAUGUUCUGAAAAACGAGUUGCUGUAGCUGCUCUUCAAUCUCUUGUAAAAAUUGUCUCUCUAUAUUAUGAAUAUAUUGAAGCCUAUAUGGGUCCUGCACUUUUUGCUAUUACCGUUAAUGCUAUGAAAAGUUCAGAAGAUGAUAUUAAACUGCAAGGCAUUGAAUUCUGGUCAUCAAUAUGUGAUGAAGAAGUAGACUUAGCAUUAGAAGCUGCUGAUGCUGAGGAAACUGGCACAACUCCACAUUCAUAUAGUCGAUUUUAUGCUAAAGGUGCACUCAAAGACAUUGUUCCAUUAUUAUUACAAACAUUAACCGCACAAGAAGAGCAUGAUGAUGAUGAGGAUUGGACUCCCCAUAAAGCUGCUGGUGUCUGUUUGAUGUUAUUGGCUUCUUGCUGUUCAAAUGAUGUGAUUCCUCAUGUUAUUCCAUUUAUACUACAAAAUAUUUCUAACACAGAUUGGAGGUUUAAAGAUGCUGCUGUUAUGGCUUUUGGUUCAAUAGUUGAAGGUCCAACUGCUGAAACUCUAAGCCCAUAUGUAGUAGAAGGCAUACCAUAUCUAAUAUCACUCAUGUCCGAUAGUAAUAUGAUCAUUCGAGACUCUGUUGCAUGGACAUUAAGUCGAAUUUGUGAUCAAGUUCCUGAUGCUGCAUUGAAUCCUGUAAAUCUUGAUGGACUUUUAGAUGUUUUGAUAAAAAAUCUCGAUAGUGAACCACGAGUAGCAACAAAUGUUUGUUGGGCAUUUUCAUCUUUGGCAGAAGCAGCUUAUGAUAGUGCACUUGGCGAUGAUGAAGAUGAACCUCAAACAUUUAUUCUUUCUAGUAAAUUCAAGUUUAUCAUAUCAAAAAUUGUACAAACUGGUGAUAGGGGUGAUGCCCAUUUGAACAACUUGCGAAGUUCUGCUUAUGAAGCGGUAAUGGAGCUAGUUAAAAACAGCCCAAAAGAUGUUUACUCAGUCAUACAAGAAAUUGUACUUGAUAUUUUAAAUAAAAUGCAAGCAAUACUAAAAAUGGAGGAAUCAGGUAGCCAUGUUGGGGAUUACAGUCAACACAAUGAUUUUAAGUCAUUGCUUUGUGCUACUCUUCAAGCAACUAUUCGUAAAUUAAAGCCAGAAGAUGCCCAUAAAAUUUCUGCUGCUUGUAUGGAGGCUCUACUUAAAAUGCUUAAUAUGUCAAAAGUUGGAGGUGUGCAAGAAGAUGCAUUUAUGGCUGUUGGAACAUUGGUUGAAUCUAUAGGAAAAGAGUUCAUUGCUUAUAUGCCUGUAUUCAAACCUUUCCUUAUUCAAGGUCUUCAAAAUCGAGCAGAAUAUCAAGUAUGCAUAUCUGCAAUUGGUGUUGUUGGAGAUAUUUGUCGUGGAUUAGCUAAAGAUGAUAUUGCUCAAUUUUGCGAUGAAAUAAUGCAAUGCUGUGUUGAGAAUCUCUCAGAUAACACUGUGCAUCGCUCAGUGAAACCUCAUAUAUUUUCUGUAUUUGGAGACAUAGCUCUUGCUAUUGGCAGCCACUUUACUAAGUAUGCUAAUGUUGUGUUAACAUAUUUACUACAUGCAUCUAGUGCACAAGUUGAUAAGAAUGAUUACGAUAUGGUAGAUUAUUUAAAUGAACUAAGAGAUGCAUGUCUAGAAAGUUAUACUGGCAUUAUUCAGGGUUUGAAAGGAGAAGAUGAUAAAAACAUUAGUAGUGAUAUUGAAAUUGUGCGUCCACAUGUUGAACAUAUUAUAAAAUUUAUACACACAAUCAGUGAGGAUCCAGAUAAAACUGAUAGUUUAGUUGGUGCUUCUUGUGGCUUGCUUGGAGAUUUAUGUACUGCUUUUGGGGCAGCUUUACUUCCUGUAAUCGACACUCCUUAUUUCCAAGAUCUACUUCAAACAGGAAGACGUUCUAAAACAGCUAAAACAAAAACUUUAGCAGUCUGGGCUUCUAAAACGAUAAGAAAUUUAAAAAAAUAAAAUUUAAUUAUUAGAAGAAUCUUGCAAGACGAAUCAGUGUUAAAAAUAUCUUCUGGUUUACAAAUAUGAAAAGCGUCUCACACGAACAAAUAGAAAUAACGGACUUUUCCUGAUAUCGCUUUUCAGCUUAAGUACCAUGUGUUUCAACUCGUGGACCGAGUGAGCAAAUCGUUUUUGAAAUAAUUUGGUCUCGUGAACAUUGUUGUAUUAUUAUUGUUUUUAGUUAUUUUGUAUUUUAUUAAUGAACGUGGAAAAAAUAAAGGAUUUAUAAUUAAAACGAGUUCUGUAUCAAAUAUUUCGUAAGUUUUGUUUAAUUGUAUUUAAAGUUAAUCCCAGUGAUUAGCUUUAACAGUCAUCCUAAUGAGGUCAUGAAUAAUAAAUCAUAUUUAACGAGUUAGCAGAAAUCUGCGUAAAGUGUUGAUGUAACUGUGGUUGCACCACACUAAUAUUGUUUUUAGAGAUUUUUUCGAUUAUAUUUGAUUAUAAAAAUGUAUUUAUUCCACUUUAUUUUGAUACACACUAUUAAAUAGCGUAAAUGAUGAUUUCUAAAAUUAUUA